CAAAGAUCCCGUAUCCAUCCGUCAUUGAGAAAAGGUUUUUUUAAAUCCCGGUUUGGUAGAAGUUGUGGUUUCAAGCAAAAAGCUCCUGAUUGCUGAUUGAUCACUUCUGAAAGAACGGUUGUUUUCGUAAAUUUAGGUUUUUUUCGGGAAUUUAUACAUUAGAAGUGUUUAGGGAAUGGAGAUGAGCGGAGGGAAGGAUAAUGAGGAAUUAGGGCAGGAUUUUAUGGAAUCUUCUGACAAGGAACUUUUUGAUGCGGAUAUCAAAGAAGAAGAAUUCGAUCCUGUUGAAAGUGGUGAAUCUGAUGGAAAGAGCGGUGGAUUAUCCACGGGGGCUCAUUUUAGUAGCAACCCUGAUUUUGCAGAAGCUAAUUCAGUUAAGCAGACCAGAGAAGCUGUUGAAAGCAAGGAUGAUGAUGAUGAAGAAGAAGAAGAUGAUGAUGAUGAUGAUGAUAAUGAUGAUGAUGAUGAUAUGGAGCCAGCUGAUUUUCUGGAAAAUGCUGGCCAUUGCGAUGGUCUUUUGGAUGUAAAAACUGAAAAGGAAAUUGGAGUGAAUGGGACUGCAGUAGUUCAAUCUGAAGAGGCUUGCUUUGCAGGUGGGUCGUCAAAGCAGGAGGCGGCAGUGGGCGCAGAACACACAGUUAGUAUUGAGGGCACGAAUCAGUCCUUCCCAUCGGAUCCGCAAGUGAUUGAGGGCUAUGAAUCGGGAACAGAGGAGGAGCAGAUGACAUUCAUGAAGGAGUUGGCAACUUUCUUCAGGGACAGGGGCUUGGAAUUCAAGCCUCCGAAAUUCUAUGGGGAGGGGCUGAAUUGCCUGAAGUUAUGGCGAGCUGUCACUAGAUUGGGUGGUUAUGACACGGUGACCUCAUGCAAGUUGUGGCGUCAAGUGGGAGAGUCCUUCAAGCCCCCAAAGACUUGCACAACUGUAUCUUGGUCAUUCCGAUGUUUCUACGAGAAGGCACUACUUGAUUAUGAAAGGUAUAAAAUGCGUGGUGGUGAACUCCAUGUGCCUGUCGCUUCUCCAACAGGGCCUAUGGCUGCUGAAAAUCAGGUGGGUGGUAAUCAAGCUUCAGGAUCAGGUAGGGCUAGAAGGGAUGCUGCAGCUCGUGCUAUGCAAGGUUGGCACUCUCAACGUCUUCUUGGUAAUGGUGAGGUUGGUGACCCAAUAAUUAAGGACAAGAACUCCGUUUCCUUGUCAAAGCGUGAGAAACAACUUAAAAGCCUUGGUGUACUUAAACGUAAAAAGCCUUCAAGCCUGGAGCGUGCCAUGAAUGUCGUCAAAGCUGCACGCACUAAAGCAGCUAAGCCACAAAUGGAUACGAUGAUUGUUGAUAUUGGACCAUCUGCUGAUUGGGUGAAGAUCAAUGUGCGGAGAACUAAAGACUGCUUUGAGAUUUAUGCUUUGGUUCCGGGGCUCCUGCGUGAGGAGGUGCGUGUUCAGUCAGAUCCAGCAGGCCGCUUGGUUAUAUCUGGCAAUCCAGAGCAGCCCGAUAACCCGUGGGGUGUCACCCCGUUCAAAAAGGUUAUCAGCUUGCCUUCGAGAAUCGAUCCACAUCAGACAUCUGCAGUUGUUACUCUGCAUGGUCAGUUGUUUGUGCGUGCACCUUUUGAGCAGUCAGAUUUGUAGCACAUGGUGGUUGGUAGCUGCUCCAUGUCUCAAUCAUUUAUUCAGAAGAUGGGGAAAAAGAACAAAGGCCCUCAAUGCUACCAAACUCUGAGAUGACUUUUCUGGCUUAUGUAACAUAUGCAGCUGAUCAGAUGGCUGGUCCAGCUGAAAUUUGGUACGUUUAUUUAACUGCAAAUCCAAGUAAAUGGAUCUUUAUGAAUUGACCUGGACAAGUAACACUAGUUGUAGCUGUGACUCCAGCUCAAACUAUCACUGAGUAGUUACAAUCUAGGUUUUACAUAGGUUGUGUGUCGCUGUAAAUUUUCUUGGCAGAUGAAUGUAUGAGGCCUACAUUCUCGCCCUCAUGACAUUAUUUCACCAUUCUAUUGAAGACUUUGAGUAGCAUUAGCUGUUUGCGAUG